GCUUUAGAAGCGUAAAACCUUGUUUUUUCGAGCGGUGAUGCAGUAUUCUUAUUUUAGUAAGGAAGACUGCUUAUUAGUUUUCUAAGAUCAGAUCGGGGCUGAAAUAGACAUAUUUAGUUGCGUUGACAACUGUGUUUGGUAUGGAAUAUGUCAUGCAAUGCAAUCCCCGGUAUUUCUUCUGGAACCAAGUCAAAAUUUUAAAUUGAUUAAGGUUUACAGUACCGUUCUGACCUUUGUGUGAAAUGCAUCAUGGAGACACAAUACAACUGUGUAGAUCUAUAGGGCCUCUGUUCUCAGGAGGUUUUUGCAGUUUUCUGAUAUGGGGUCAGCGGUGGUGAAGCCUUUGGCAAGAAGGCGAGGGAAAAUUAAAGGUAAGGAUUCCAGUGUUCGAUCUAGUGGCGACCCGCCGAAUCGCAAAGAGAAUAUUGGUGAUGGCGAAGCAAAUGUCAACACAGUGGUCUCUCCAGAAGUAUGUACCGAGAAGGAACGUAUAUUGACCCCAAACCCGAGUUCCAAACGAAAUACACACUCAUGUUUUCUUUUCCGCCCAAAUAUCCGGCUCACCCGGAGGAGAAGAACCCCAACUCCUGUUUCCUGGGAAAAUAAGGAGGACCCAGAGCCAGUUGUAUCCCCUUGCCAAGGCACACCUGCGCCAUCACCCGAGAGAGAAACUGUUGGUGAUUCUAAAAAUGUUCCCAAACUUCCAGAAAUAAAACUCCCAGUCCCACCUCAAGUCAGCUGCAGAUCUGAUGAAAUGUUACUUUUGCCAUCGCUACAUGCAAAGCGACCAGCAGGCAACCAACCUCGCUCAAACCUAACACCUGUAGGGAUUCAUUCAAAACUACCUCCCCUGCCACCCAUUUUCUCUUUAUCCGGGACUUCUAAAUCUUUACAAAAUUCGGUUAAUUCCAAAGCUAUAUCCGAAGCAACCGAAGAUGACAAAACUUUUUCUAGAAGUUAUCCAACAUCUACAUCUCCAAGAAUUAGCCAUAUCAACAGUCUGCAAACGGAUUUCCCUCUGAAUUUAAAACAAGAAGUUGAAAAUAAAACAUUGAACGCUACUUCUAUGUGCUCAACAUCGCUGAAACUUGACGGACGUGACACAUCCGUGAAAACGCAACCUUGCGGCGAGAGACAGUCCCCUGCCUUGAACUCUGAAGAAAUGUACGCUGCUUCCAAUCAAGAUCUAAGCUCCGAUGAUAAAGACGCCUGUCAGGACGCGAGGACUCCCUCUCCUGAGUUCGAUGACCUCGAGGACGUGAAGAUUUUAAAUCCCAACGUGGCGGAACCUGUUGAAAGCUCGCUGCCUCAGUCGGAGACGAACAACGCUCUGGUCAGCGAUAUCGGUGUGUCUAUAAGCAAAACCGACCAGCCUGCACCGGAAAGAGUAGGCGAACAAAGAGUGGAAGUUGAUCACGUGGUUUUCAUUAAGCUGUCACCGUCUAAAGACCAAGCCACAACCGCCGGCGUGCCAACCGAGUCAACAGAAGUCAGUUCCUUGCAAGACGAAAAAGAAACGAACGAGAAUAAUAACCUGCCUGGAGACAAGGAGAAUGACACGAACCUUUUUUGUGAACGUAGACAAGCGCAACAAAAGUGCUUGCAAGUGGAAAGCUACCACAGCAGACUCGAAAAUAGUCCGACAAAAGAAAACAGCGAUGUGUUUAAGGAAGAAAUAUUUACCUACCCAAACGCAACACGAGUAAUUCUCGAUGAACAUACAAAGUCAUCGUCAGAAAAGGAGGACGUCUCGCUGUCCGCUUGUGAGGAAGAAAACAACAGCUCCAACCUUGACGCAGGAGAGAUGCGUCUUUUGCCCACAGAGGAGGAGGAGGAGGAGGAGGAGGAGGUGGAGGAGGAGGAGGAAGAGGAGGAGGUGGAGCAGGAGGAGGAGGAGGAGCAGGAGGAAAAGGAGGAGGAGGAUAACGAGGUGGUCCUCAUGUCAGGAAGCGGAGAGGUCAAGAGCCCAGAACAAUUUGAUCUUAUUGAGAACAACGCAUCAAUGGAAGGUGUUGAGACGUACAAACUCCCAUCUCCCCCACAAGAACCACCUUGCAGAAGUAAAAGCGGAUCCAGACCUUCUUCCUGCCGAAGCAGUAGAUCCAAAUCCUCUCAAAAAUCUUCCGUAAUUAACCCCAGCGCAACAUUUUCCAACGAAAACGCCAGUGUGAAAUCAUCGGCUGUGACGGUCAACGAUGGGGACGACGCCAUACCCAGACCACCGGCCAGCCCAGGCUGUGAAGAGAAAGAAGUCAUAGACACAACGUCACGCACGAGUUCAGACCUGGAAGACAAACCUUCAGAUGCCGACCAUCCCCGACCUCCAUUACGCUCAGCUGCGAUGGAAACACGAUCUUGCAACCUUGAACCGGCCUUAUCGAUGUCUGAGAGGAAAGCUGAAGACUUUCGCCCACACCCAGCCCGGCUAGCGCCUCUGAACCUCCCGGGCAGGUCGGCUUCUGAGGUUUCAGCGGGCUCUUUCCCAUCAGGGGGGCUUCUCUCGGUGAAACCCUUCCCGCGGGAGUCUCUGUGUGCUGGCGAUGUCGGCGAGAGGUCAUCGGGGGCGGACGGGUCUGUGCAGGGCGGGAUCUGUGGCCAAGACAGAGGGGACGGAGACUGCAAGAACGUGGCUGGUCCUUCAACUAGCCCACAUCCAGAGAGUUCGGGAGACAACGGCGAGGGUGGCCAGACAACAGAGCCGGGAUGCACGGACCAGCUGGUGGAGACUACGUCAGACAUUUCAACAUCGAGAUCAACCACGAGAACGUUGAGCCAGGGAGGCCUUGUAGCACCAGCAGACGAAGCGGCAGACCCAGAAGACGGGGAAUCAGCACAUCCAGGUGCCAGCUGAAGUAUGAAGAGCGAAUGAUCCUCGCAAAUAUCAACCGGCAGGUACAGAUCUCCAAGCGCAAGGAGUUCGCCAUCAGAGAUCUACAGAACGUGCGAGGUGCCUCUGGGUCCAGCACUGCCUCAGGCACAGACAUCAGCCGCAAGAGCAAGUCGGACGAGGAGUAUGAUCUGGACACGGAGUUUGAUCUCUAAGUUCUUCACUUGAUCUCGCGAGCAUCAUUUUUAGAACAAUGUUUUUCUUAGUGUGUCUCCGUGCGCGUGUGCGUGAGUGUUUCGACUGCAUGGAUCGAAGCAGUCAUGGCAUUUCAUAGAGAGGCGUUUACUGAGAAAGUCAAUCCCAGAGAAAUCAUACAGAGUGGAUGUACGUGUGUGAGCGUUCAAAGUGGUUGGAUUAUAACACAUGGGCUGGGAAAAAGAAGAAAAGAAGAGAAACAAAACUUUGAAGCAAGCAUGUAGAAGCGUACUAUCGAGAUCAUAUAAGAUUUUCUGUCCUUGGCCGUUCGCGAAAUGUUAUGCACCCUACAUCAUGAGAGGUGGAAUGCCACAGUGCAUUGUUAAAUGGUUCCUAUAAUAUUAGGUCAGAUACCAUAUUAUACAAAGGAAAGACCUGAGCGUGAUCCUUUGCCACUAGAGAUGUCUGACAUCCAAACUUGAACAGGCUACUUCGUCUGUCAUUCUUGGGUGUCUGUCAUUAAAAAAAAAAAGUUAAGUAGUGAUUCAAGUACUCAAACAAACUCGAGUUUUUUUCUAAGCGUUUUGUCAACCGCUGACCUUUGGAAGCCACUCGUAGCUCCCUCUAUCAUGAAAUAGAGCCCCUGAGAAUGAUUUCAUUUCCUGCACUCAGAUACUGCAAUCGGUGUCAACUUCAUCUUGUUUUGAUUUAUCCUUCUUUUUUUUUCUUUUUUUUUUGCUCCGAUAAAAAGGCCUAUACACGUUGUACAUAUAACCAACAA